AUGGUUGAAAACACGAAAAAACGAAAGCGAAAUCCAGUAGAACAACCUAACCAAACAAUAGUUAAACGAGGUGUUAUCGAUGCGAAUUGGCAAAAAUUACUAAAGUUAACAUCUGCUAUGGAAAAGGUUAGUGAGAAACCUAAAGUCGACACCAAAAAGGAAACGUUCACCGGCACAUUUAGACGAGACAGGAAGAAGAAAAAUACCGAACAAAGUCGCGUGGAAGACAUAGGCAAAUUAGAUUUAAAUUGUACUACAAUAACAGAAAACACUUCCAAAGACCUUCAAAACGACAAAAAUAAUAAAUUAACUAAGUUCAUAGCUAUGGACUGCGAAAUGGUGGGUAUUGGUUAUAAUGGCGAUGACCAUAUGAUUGCUCGUGUCUCGCUAGUUAACAAAUUCGGUGACUGCAUUUAUGACAAAUUCGUGAAAGCACGAGAAGAGGUCGUAGAUUAUAGAACUAGUGUUAGUGGUGUUAGAAAGGAGGAUUUACUCAACGGUGAAGACUUCACGACUGUGCAGAAGGAAGUGUCUGAGAUUCUGAAGGGACGGAUAUUAGUGGGGCACUCUUUGAAAACGGAUUUGAGUGUUCUGUUCUUGUCACAUGCUAAGAAGAAUAUAAGAGACACAUCGAAGUACAAACCCUUUAGAAAGAUAACAAAAGGGAGUACACCAUCACUGAAACGUCUCGCAAAAGAAAUCCUAGGAAUUGACAUACAGCAUGGAGAACACAGUUCUGUUGAGGAUGCGAGAGCAACAAUGCAGCUGUACUGUACUGUGGCUAAGCAGUGGGAGAAGAUGUUAAGCGAGAAGAAGGGGUAUAGCAGGAAGUUUGUUGAGACGUGA